CACAAACCAUGCCCGUUACCAAAUUAUCCAUCUCCCCCUCUGCUGGCAUUGAUCAGUACACUCUUAUCAAUGAAAAGAAGACCUUGGCUGUCAUGGUCCUGAAUUACGGUGGGAUUAUCACCCACAUCCUCACACCUGACAAGAACGGAGCCAUAAAGGAUGUUGUUCUUGGAUUUGACAACUAUGAGGCAUACCAAAACCCAGCAAACCCUUACUUUGGCGCAUUGAUUGGCCGUUUUGCUAACCGUAUUGGUGAAGGAAAGUUUACUGUGGAUGGCGAGAAUUACAAUCUGGCUGUAAACAAUGGGCCGAAUGCUCUCCAUGGUGGUAUCAAAGGGUUUGACAAGUGCAUCUGGGAUGUAACUGUAUUAUCCGAAAGUCCUGCUUCUAUCCGUCUUGAUCUAGUCUCUCCAGAUGGUGAUCAAAACUAUCCUGGAACACUCACAACAUCUGUUACCUACACUGUCACGGAUGAAAAUACUCUUGAAAUAUCUUACCAUGCUACUACCGACAAGGAUACUAUUGUAAACCUCACUAACCACACCUACUUUAAUCUUGCUGGCCUUGACUUGGAUCCAACCAUUCUGGGACAUGAGGUCACAAUGACAAAUGAUGUGAAAGGAACUCUAGCUCUUGACGAAAACUCUCUUCCUACCGGCAAGAAGUUGGACUUUAAAGAUGCUCCUUGGUUUGAUUUUACGGGUUCAAACGCAGGCACCCCAAUCGGUGCUCGCAUUAACUGUCUUCCAGCCAGUCACGGUUACGACCAUCCAUAUAUCAUUCAUGAGGAUUACAAAACUGAUACUUCUUCACUUCCUCUCCGCAAAGCUGCUACAAUUCACGCCCCUGAAACUGGAAUCUCUCUAGACUUUGCAACAACUGAACCCGGGUUUCAGUUCUAUAUUGGUGGUUGGAUCACCCCAGGUGCACUCACUGGCACAAAAUACCAAAAGAACGCCCCAAUUGGACAACACGCUGGCUUCUGUCUAGAGAGUCAGCGCCCUCCAGAUGCCGUCAACAAGCCUCAAUGGAGAAGCAGUGUAUUAUUACAAAAGGGAGAUGUGUAUGCAAGCAAAACACUUUUCAAUUUUUAUGUACGUUCUGAUUAAAAAGAGCCAAGGAUGGCAUUACGACGUAUAGUCGAUUUA